GGGCUGAGCAUAUCAGGCGGUGCAGAAUGCAAGGCACAUCCGCACAUCAUCGUUGACAAAAUUUCAGCCAAUAGUGCGGCAGCGAGCGAAGGUCAGCUGAAGGCCGGAAUGAAAUUGCUGUCGAUAGAUGGCAGAUCUUUGAAGGGAGUCAGUCACAAAAUGGCGGUCAGCAUCAUCAAAUCAUCAUUCGUCAAUAAGAAAGAUAGAUGGAUGCAAAUUGCAGCCAGUGAAUGA